UUAUCGAACAUAACUCGUGAAGUCUCAUUCAACUCCAGUAUAAGCCCAAUCUUAAAUCCAGCCCAGAACCCAACCCGCCCAAACCGUCUCCCUCAUAGCCGACUGGCCGCCGAAUUUUUUUCAUGAGAAACUCUCAUUCUCUGCGAAUCGCGUCGAAUUUCUCUACUCCUACACUACCAAAUCCCGUAAGCCGCCGCGUCUCCUCUGAAGAAGGCUGAACGUGGUUGCUGUGUCACUUUGUACUCACAAUGAUAUCGCUCAAGGGCAUGCCAACUUCCCUUCUCAGCUAUAGACGGUUGAUCCCUCUAAGACCCUUUUUCAUCGCCUCCUUCUCUACACUGGUCGAAAGGUCAACAGGUUCAAGCACUGCUGCUCUAGUUGACUGCCUGAUUACAACUUUCGAAUUCCCUGAAACCCAAGCCGUCUCCAUCGCGGCGCGAUUCCUCCGUCGCAAAUCUUCCCAAAAGCCCCAAGCUUUGUACGCGUACCUGCGCGACCUCGGUUUCUCUCAUGACCACGUGCAGUCUACGAUCUCUGGGGCACCUCAGAUUCUGUUCGGUAAUGUGGACAAGAACCUCAAACCCAAGAUCGAGCUGUUUCAGAAACUGGGUCUCGAAGGUCCUCGUCUUGGUAAGUUUCUCUCUAAGAAUUCUGCUGUUUUGACUGCUAGUCUGGAGAAGAGGAUGCGUCCUCGACUUCAAAUUCUGCGGGAUAAUUUCUCUGAAAAGGAUGUGGUUAGGGCUGCGGAAAGAUGCAAUUGGAUUAUAUACAAGUUCCCAGAUUCGAGAUUGUUGUCAAACAUAGCUUUAUUGAAAAGCUGUGGCAUUGUUGGGUCUCAGCUCUCGAUGCUGCUCAGGAUGCUGCCUAGGGUUUUUUUGACGAAAGAAUCUGAACUUAGAGGCAUUGUUUCGAGGACUCUGGAUUUUGGGUUUUCAGUGGAAUCAAGGAUGUUUGUACAUGGCUUGUAUACCGUCAGUGGCUGGAGCGACGCUACACUUGACCGGAAGUUUGCUAUCUUUGAGGGUUUUGGGUUUUCAAGGGGAGAAUGUAUUGCGAUGUUCAGAAUUGCUCCGGCCAUGAUGAGGUUGUCUAGUGAGAAGUUACGGUCUGGAGUGGAUUUCUUUUUGAACACCGUGAAUCUGACAAAGGAGGCAGUGGUUCGUAGGCCUGGACUGUUGAUGUAUAGCAUGGAGGAAAGAGUUAUUCCUCGAUAUCGAGUAGUGGAGAUUAUGGAAUCUAAGGGGCUGUUCAAGAAGAAGCCAAAAUUUAGCAAUGUUUUGAAUUAUACAACUGAACAAUUUGUCCAAAAGUUUGUAUUCAUGUACCUAGAUCAUGCAGAGGAACUGCUAAUGGCUCACAAUGGUCACAAUGUGGAUUCUUCUGAAGGUGCAACUUGUCUAUAGGUGUCAGUGGUUUGAUCUGAUCCAGAUACUUCACCUGGAUGAGGCUCCAAGCUUGUUGCCAAAGCUUUUGAUGUAAGGGAUUUGAAAGUAAGCUGCGAUUUGAAAUGUUGGGCAUUUCCUAUUUCAUGGUCCUGUAAAAUUAGUACAUCGAACUAAGAAAAACAAAACGAUUUGUGUUCCUUGGUAUUAUGAUGGGUUGUCAAUGAUGAUGGACUGGGUGCAAGAAACUAAUUUGAUCAUGUGGCGGAGAUGACAGCAAGAAAACUUAUGUCGAUGCCCGUCAAUAUUGUUGAUGCAAUGAUUUUGUGACCAGGCUGCCACCCACUUCAACAUUCUUUGCUUGACCUUAUUCCUGGUAGGUGUUUUAGUAGAGGAGAAGGUCGAGAAAGAAAUACACUGAAACAAGCAUGCCAAAGAAGAAAAAGUAUCCUUCAUCGGAUUCUGUGCAUGCUGCUGCGAAAGAAUUCUUGGAGAAAGCUGCCUGUGAGAUUAUUGGAGCAGCGUAAGCAGGCAGCUUCAAAGGGCCCAUGCAAAUUGACUGUGGCACAACAGAUGAGGAAGAAGCACCUGGGGACUAAUUUCAUCAUAUGUUCUGCUCUUGAUAAGCAUAUGGCAGUGUUGAUACUCUCGGUAUUAUCGUCUCGUGAUGGUGCUGCAGAAAGCAGUCGGAGGAUGACAGUCCGAGAGAUUGUCCCGUUUUGCGCAGUAUCCAUGCUCCUUGAUGGCUAGUUUUUCUGUUAUUUGCCUAUUUGUAGGGGAAAUGGCAUAGCAUGGCAUGUUAUGUGAAUACCCUUUCAACUAGAGAUAGCCCUCAUAUGCUUGGACAUAUACACCAUUUGAUGUGGCAGUAAAAAGGAAGAUUUUCCGGGGAAGAAGAUCCUUUGAAGUUGAUUUUGUUAUGCCUGUGGCCAACAUGUUAGGACUCCAUGUCAACCUAUUCGUCAUGCAGGAAAGCUCAAAACAGGGCUGGCCCCGGCUCUAUUCGACAAAGUGCGCAAGAAGUUAUCCAAUAUGUGUAGCAACAUAGAAUGCUGCUAAAUAUCAAUGUUAUGAAUCUGGCUGUGAUUUUUUCCCCCCCUAGUUUGGUUGGUAAUCAUUUCUAUGCUUAUUACUGGAGUUCUAAUUGAUUUCUAGUAUGGGGUAUCAACGAUUUUCUCGUACGAGUAACGAUGUUCGUGAGUUGUGAAUUCGAUU